ACUCGUGUCCUCUGUAGCUACGGUUCAUUUACACACACAAACAACAACAUUUAUUGUAUUUAGCAUUAACGUAAGCCACCUGGUUCUUUGCCGCCACCGUCACCGAGGAAAUGGGAAGAAAAGUGACUCUUGCAACGUGCUCGUUGAACCAGUGGGCUUUGGAUUUUGAGGGAAACUUGGAGCGAAUACUGAAGAGUGUUGAGAUUGCAAAGACACGUGGAGCCAAAUACAGACUGGGCCCAGAGCUGGAGAUAUGUGGGUAUGGUUGUGCCGACCACUUCUACGAGUCAGACACGCUGCUCCACAGCUUCGAAGUCCUGAGGAAGCUUCUGGAAUCUCCCAUCACCCAAGACAUCAUCUGUGACGUGGGAAUGCCCAUCAUGCAUCAUAAUGUGCGCUACAACUGCAGAGUCCUAUUCCUCAACAGAAAGAUACUUCUGAUCAGACCUAAAAUGGUGAUGGCCAAUGCCGGGAACUACAGAGAGAUGCGCUGGUUUUCACCGUGGAAUCAGUUAAGGAAAGUGGAGGAAUAUUUCCUUCCCAGAAUGAUCCAGGAGGUAACAGGACAGGAAACUGUCCCAUUUGGCAACUGUGUGCUGUCCACAAAGGACACUUGUAUUGGCACUGAGUUAUGCGAAGAGCUCUGGAGCCCCAGAAGCCCUCAUGUUGACAUGGGUCUGGAUGGUGUCGAAAUCUUCACCAAUUCAUCGGCUAGUUACCAUGAGCUCCGCAAAGCCGACCAAAGAGUCAACCUGGUCAAGUCAGCCACCACCAAGAGUGGAGGAAUCUACCUGUACGCCAACCAGAGGGGCUGUGAUGGAGACCGUGUCUACUAUGAUGGCUGUGCCAUGGUGGCCAUCAACGGAGACUUUGUGGCACAGGGAGCCCAGUUCUCCCUUGAUGAUGUGGAGGUGAUUACAGCCACACUUGACCUCGAGGAUGUGCGUAGCUACAGGGGAGAAGUGUGUCAGCCACACUUGGAAUGUGAACCCAAACCUUGCCACAGGGUCAAAGUUGACUUCUCCUUAUCCACUUGUAACGAUCUCUACCUCCCUACUCACCAACCAAUAACAUGGCACUUCCAUACACCAGAGGAAGAGAUCAGUUUAGGGCCGGCCUGCUGGUUGUGGGACUAUUUGAGGAGAAGUGGACAGGCUGGUUUCUUGUUGCCGAUGAGUGGAGGCGUGGAUAGCUCCUCCACUGCCUGCAUUGUCCACUCUAUGUGUGUGCUGCUCUGCCAGGCAGUAGAGAACGGCAACAGUCAGGUACUGGAGGAUAUUCGCAGGGUGGUUGGGGAUGACUCGUACUCUCCCCAACAUGCAAGGGAGCUGUGUGGUCGCAUCUUCACCACCUACUAUAUGGCCAGCGAGAACUCCUCUGAGGACACCUGCAGCAGGGCCAAAGACCUGGCCAAUCAGAUCGGAAGCACACACAUGAAUAUUAACAUUGACAUGGCAGUGAAAGGCAUCCUGGGAAUCUUCUCAGCGGUUACUGGAAAGUUGCCUCAGUUUCGUGCCAAUGGAGGAAGCCACAGAGAAAACCUGGCGCUGCAGAAUGUACAGGCUCGUGUCAGGAUGGUCCUGGCCUACCUGUUUGCCCAGCUGAGUCUGUGGGCGAGGGGUAAACCAGGUGGAUUGCUGGUGCUGGGCUCAGCCAACGUAGAUGAGAGUCUGACCGGCUAUUUCACCAAGUAUGACUGCUCCAGUGCCGACAUCAACCCAAUAGGAGGCAUCAGCAAGACCGACCUGAAAAGCUUCCUGCUUUACUGUGUUGAGCACUUCCAACUGACUGCUCUCAGACGAAUCCUGGCUGCUCCACCCACAGCUGAACUGGAGCCACUUACAGACGGACAGGUGUCGCAGACGGAUGAAGCAGACAUGGGGAUGACGUACUCGGAGUUAUCCGUGAUUGGCCGACUGAGGAAGAUCUCAAAGUGCGGCCCCUUCAGUAUGUUCUGUAAACUCAUUCACCUGUGGAAGGAUUCUCUGUCACCCACAGAGGUAGCCCAGAAGGUGAAGCACUUCUUCAGGAUGUACUCAGUGAACCGUCAUAAGAUGACCAUAGUGACGCCGUCUUACCACGCCGAGAGCUACAGUCCCGAUGACAACCGCUUCGACCUCCGACCUUUCCUCUACAACGCGCGCUGGCCCUGGCAGUUCAGGUGCAUCGACAACCAGGUAAAGAUCUCGCAGAUGGAAGGAGACAACGUGGUUUGACGUGGAAAUCCAUCUGAUCUGGGACACGUCGGUUAUUAUUUUGUGAUUUCUCUACAGCUCUCUGAAGCCAAUUACUUUACACUGUCAUAUCUGUUACAUUUGACGACAGGCUGACUAAAUAUCAUCACUCCUAAAGGCUGCUAAGAAACAACUAGGAAUAUAUGCAACAUACCAUGUUGGGCACUUUUUCUUAUUUUCAUUUUCUCUAAAUACAUAAAAUAUCUGUGCCGAGAAAGAGAUUACCCUCUCA